AGGUGACAUAUUAUGGACGAGCUGAAUGCAUGUACAGAGUGUGGAUUUACAACCCCUAGCAUCGAUAUAUUCACAUCACAUAUUGAGCACCACGAAGAAGAGCACAAUAGGUCCUCUAGCGGAGAGUUAUCUCAUACACAGACGAUAGAGUGGACGGAAAGUGACUCUCCAACGCCCUCGCCAAAUUCUGUUACGGAAAAGAAUUCUCCACGAGCCGCUGCAGACGAUAACCCCUCCUUCGAAGAAACGUCUGUAAUUCAAGAGCCACCGGCAGCCGGCGCAAAAACUAGCAAAACUGCUCAUGUUUGUCCGCACUGCAAUUUUACAACAUACAUGUCUCAGCAUAUGAAGAGCCAUCUGGAUGCCCACGAACGCCACCAAGGACAGAUGUAUCAGUGCGACAUUUGUCAAAUGCAGUUCAGUCAGAAGGCCAACAUGCACCGCCAUCGGAUGAGACAUAGUGGUGUAAAGCCGUACGAGUGUCGGUACUGCAAAAAGCGGUUCUUUCGUAAGGAUCAGAUGCAAGAGCAUUCGAUGACGCACAUCAAGACUGGAGUAGACUUUGACUGCCCGGUUGCCUUUUGCACUCACCAAUUUAGCCAACACUCUACGCUAAGAUCUCAUUUGGACGAAGCUCAUAAUGUCUGCGCCUCGUCUCCAGCUUCCUGCAAACGGUGCUCUUUACUUUUUGCUAAUUCGCGACGUCUUCUUCUUCACUAUCAGACGAGACAUGAUGAUAGCGAGUGCAGCGGAGCUGUACCCAAGAAAGACAAUGACGCAUCACUGAAGAAGAGACGGCCAUUGUCGACAUCAGCAUCACCUUCACAACUUCGUGGUCCAUGCAAAAAGGAAUUUAGCCCACAUCAAACGGAUUCGUCUGAAAUAUCUUCCAGUCCGGAUUGGGACCAGCAACCUUCGUAUCCAAUGACUAGCGAGGAUCUGCUAAUAAUGUGUCUCAAUCCGGCACUUAAGCUGCCUACGACGUCUCAGGCGGCAAAGUUCUCGAUUGAGCAAACGAUGCGACUUUGGGCGGCUGAUCCUGCCGUACAGUGUGAUUCCCACUCACCUUCGGCCACAAGCGGUGGUAGUCAAACAACUGACAUAGAGAAAGUGAAAGAGACCAUGGACUGUGCUCACUGUGGGAUCUCUUUUUUCGACGAGACCAUGCAUCUCCUUCACAAGGGUUUGCACACGGAAGGCGACCCGUGGAGAUGCAAUUUGUGUGGCACUCAGUGUAUGGAGAAGUACAUGUUCACCACGCAUAUCAUCUUCGCGACUCACUCCACCUAGAUGAAUUGUCGGUCGCUUUGGUACAUAAUAUGUCGCUAAGCAAGUAUUCGACACCUUUUACCCUGUAUAGACUAGCAGUACUUGAUCCUGUAACCUCCUCUGCGUGAUCACCUUCUACUAACUACGGAUAACGAGCAAGUCAGAGAGCGUAGGGUGCGCUGUCGUUCGUGGUCUUCGCUGCUUUGCCUUCUAAGACAGAUUUGCAGCAUUCUCUCGACCGCUGGAUUCAAUCUGGCUGAACCCUCACAAGUAACUAGGAACGCUUUUAUUUGAUUAUAUGUAGAUAUUUCUGUUUACGAUGGCUUCAUCUGUGUAACAAUUCCAUCAAACAUCAUACUUCACUCUAAAACUCCCAAAUGCGGGCCCCUCUUAUGAACACCUCAAUUUUUGGUAAUUUUUUGUGCUGUCAUGUUUUUUAAUUGUUGUUUAUGUACUUUUCCCUGGUUAACAACUUUACUUAAACUCGGUUGCAGCAAAUAGUCCUGAGAUUUGUGUUUAGUUGAAGAAAGUUUU